AUGGUUGUGGAUGUCAAGGAUACCGUUUCCAUGGUUUUGGAAAUCAGCUACCUACAAGUCGUCUCUGCAUCGGUGGAUCUUCGAAGCAAUGUUUUUAUUGGUGCCAUGGCGGAUCUCAUUCUCCUCAAGUACUUCAUCGUUGGCAGCUAUGAUUCAUAUGCGACAGUGUGGUCAGCCCUAUCAUGGCCCUAUCAAUUGCAUUUGAGGAUUACUGCCUUAGCCGUUGGAAGUCAGACUGUCACUCGACCGAACAUGUUGGCUCGAGCAGCACCUUUAUUAGACGAUGCCAUAGAAGACGCAAUGGCAUCCCCCGUUAUCCGGCGUGGUGCACCGGAGGGGUGA